UACACUGGCGCUGAGCGAAAGAAGUUCACUGGGAUGCUGAACAGACUGGCCAGCACAGGCUUUGUUACGGACCUAGCCACCAUGAGAGAUGUGCUUCAGGAACUUAAAAGCCUUUUACUGAAACUGCAAUAUUCUGACCUUGAGAAGGCCAUUAACACCUUGGUCACAAACUUCCAUGCUGCUUCUUCUGAUAAUCGGCCUACACUGAAGGCAGAUGAGUUCAAGAGCCUCCUCUCCUCCCAGCUGCCAACUUUAAUCAAGUCGGAUAAUUUCGGAGAUGCGAUGAAGCAAAUGGGUGUGAAAGAUGGGGAAGGCAUCAGCUUCAAACACUUCUGGAGCCUGAUGCAGAAUUUGGCCACAAACCAGCAUGGUCUGCUGAGCAACGAGAAGCUGUCUAAAUGCACCUGCCUUUUACUAUGAGUCAUGGGCUUCAACUGCAUCUGCCACAAAGAUCUGGUCUCUCUGCAUCUCUGCAUUUAUCCAGAACCUCUCAUCUCCAAACAAAACACUAACUUUUCUUUCUAAGCAUUCCAAUAAAUUAAAUUUAAUUAAAAACAAAAUAUAAAUAUAAAUUUAAAUGUAAAUCUUAAUGCACAGACCAGUUAACUACUUCAUAUUCCAUAACUGAAGUCCAAUUUGUUUUCAGUUGCAAAUGGAGUUUAAGCUUCCCACAAGUGCAUUUAACAAGUGUUUCUUAGUCAAUAAUAAAUAAAUUAAAUAAAUAAGUUAAAUCUUUCCUUUUUUUGUUAUAAAC